GUAUACCCGAGUGCCGUGCUCGGCGACGGGCGGGCGGCGCUGACGCCAGACGCCUUCGAGGCAUCGAAGCGCAAAUCAGGGGUUCCCGACGACGAGUCCUACGUCAAGCGCAUCUUCGAGAAGCACAGCGGCGAGGCGCGGCACUGGGGGGGGCGCGGGUGGAGGGAUGUGCCUUCUGAAUUCGUGGACCAUCUCUGCCGCGUCAGGUUCUGGCAUCGCCAGUGCGCCACGAGCGAAAAGGCGCGUGAUUACCUGGCCUGGAAGAACGCUGGCAGGGAUACGGGCUUCCUGCCUCUGGCGGAGAUGAAGUGGAUCCUGGGCGUGGAUGGUGGCGAGGCCGAGCUUCUGAAGCGCGUCGAAGACGACUCUGCCUCUGGCGAGACGCGGUGCAUCAGGACAGGACAAUUCGUGACGCUAGCGGAGAUGUUCAGCUACGGGCGCCGCCUUUGCUCGUGCCACUUCCCGCGCACGCUGCACCUCCGGCAACCGAUGCUCGCGACGAGGACGGGGCACAGCGAGUCGCAGACGGCGGGGGCUACUCCCAAGAAGAAUGAUCGGCGCCUGCGCUAUCAGGAGACAGGGCGCCGGGGCCUGCCCCGGCGGCGAAGCGCGUCGCUGCUUUCGCGGCUGCCCGUCGGUCGCGCUUUCGCACGCGAGCGCGCUUGCCUGCGCGCGGGCAAGGGCGGCGGUGAAUUCGAUCCGCUGCGGGUUUCCCGCGACAAGUUGCGGUGGCGCGACGAGCGCGCGUUCGAGACGUUCAACAAGCUUUUGGCGCCUGCGGGGCUGGAGGAUUUCCUCGACAGACACUCCGACGAAUUCGCCUGGCGCGAGAAGGCCGACAACAAAGGCAUGCUCAUCACAUGGGCGAACUGGGCGCGGCAGGGAGAGCGCGUCCCGCCAUGGGCGCGCCCCGCCAUGGGCGAA